GGGCUUUUUUUUUUAUUUUCACAAUAUUGACCAAAAACACAAGUAAACUUAGGGUUUUGCAGUUUAUGUUAAUGCACAGAGAAAAUACCUGCAACUGAGACAACACUAAGCAGUUGCAACCAUGGUCACCUUCAGGUUUCAUCAAUACCAAGUUGUGGGAAGAGCUCUUCCCACUGAAACUGAUGUGCAUCCCAAGAUCUACAGGAUGAAACUCUGGGCCACCAAUGAGGUCCGUGCUAAAUCUAAGUUCUGGUAUUUCUUGAGAAAACUAAAGAAGGUCAAGAAAAGCAACGGGCAAAUGCUAGCGAUCAAUGAGAUUUUUGAGAAAAAUCCUACCAAGAUCAAGAACUAUGGAAUUUGGCUGCGAUAUCAGAGCCGAACCGGUUAUCACAACAUGUACAAGGAAUACAGAGAUACUACUCUGAACGGUGCUGUUGAACAAAUGUACAACGAAAUGGCAUCUCGUCAUAGAGUCAGGUCUCCAUGCAUCCAGAUUAUUAAGACUGCCACCAUCCCAGCUAAGCUUUGCAAAAGGGAGAGCACCAAGCAAUUCCUCAACUCCAAAAUCAAGUUCCCUUUGGUGUUCAAGAAGGUGAGGCCCCCAACUAGGAAGCUCAAAACAACAUACAAGGCAUCCAAGCCCAACCUGUUCAUGUAAUUCUCACUCUGCCACAUUUCCUAGUUGUCAUCUUGAGGCUGCUUGAUUCAUUAGAAACAUUAAGAGAGCAUAGACAAGGUAAUCACAUAGGAACAACUUCAUUUCAUCCUACCACAGAUUGCUUGUGUUCUUAUUUUUGAUUAUUUUUGUUGAGCCCUUCUUUUGCUCAUUUCCAUGAAUCUGAUCACGAUUGGUUCAAAUCAAGUGUUUCAAUUUUGUUAUGAAUGCUGGUUUUUCAUUUCUUAUUUAAUUUUUCCAUUCUGGUGA